AUGGCCCUGGCAUUCCUGUGUAAGAAGCUGGAACGCAGUCUGCUUCUUCGCGGAGUGACAGUUACUGCCUUUGUGGUGGACCACAAGGCUCGCGAGGAGAGCAGUCGAGAGGCGAGGACGGUAGCUGGGUGGCUUGAGGAUGUUGGAAUCAAAUCCCAAAUUCUCGAGCUCGAAUGGUCACAGUACAAUGGCAAUGGCAAUCUUCCGACAGCCUUUGAAACAUAUGCUCGACGCCUGCGCUUCCAGGCCCUCGGCACCGCCUGCAGGGAGAAUCACAUCGAGGCCCUGCUUAUGGGCCAUCACCAGGAUGACAAUGUUGAAACCACGCUGUGGCGACUUUCUUCUGGUGCCAGGGGUGCCGGGUUAGCUGGUAUACCCCUGUUAGCGAACAUCCCUGAAUGCCACGGUCUCUACGGCGUGUCUGAGAGUGGUUCGUCUUUUGUCUUGCGGACGACGGCACUCGCGAUGAAAAAGAAAAAGCAAAGCAACUACGAUACAAUCAUCUCAACAGGAGGAAUCCUGAUCUACAGGCCACUCCUCUCAUUCCCCAAAUCUUCCCUCGUGGCAACCUGUCAAGUGAACAAGAUCCCCUUUGUCUCCGACCCAACCAAUUUCGAUCCCACCCUCACACCCAGAAAUGCUAUCCGCCAUCUCCUAUCCACCGGUAAACUACCGCGUGCUCUCCAGAAACAGUCUAUUCUAUCAUUGAUCCGGGCGAGCCAGGAUCUCCUAGGGAAGACAACGGAGGAGUCGAAUAAAUUUUUGCGAGAAUGCAAACUGCUCGAUUUAAAUCUUCAAUCUGGGACGGUGGUUGUUCAGUUCCCGCGUAUGAUACAUCUGGGAGUCAUGCUGGAAAAAAAGGAGGAAAAAAUCCGUGAAAUCCAGUCUCUAACGCUUCGUCGGAUCACGGAGCUCAUCUCUCCUUUCCCGGGGAAUCAUUUUCCGUUGAGAAGUUUCGAGCCAUUCACGGAGUACCUUUUUGGCAAUAGCAAUAACAACAACAUCGGUUCUAUGGAUGUAUCUGAGAAAACAAUUCGACAGGCAUUCACAGUAGGCGGAGUCCUAUUCCGUCCACUGAAACCGGAAUCGAUAUCAGAAGAAAAGAAUACCAAUAACAAUAACACCUGGCUACUCUUCCGGCAACCGUUCAUGCGGAAUCGUCUCCCGAUACUCCGCUUUGAUCUGGAAGUACCUGGGUCGGAUGGUACCGGCACCACUGAAGCUAAAGCUGAAGCCGAUAAUCCGAUGCAAACAAAGUACACACCCUGGACGCUCUGGGAUAACAGAUACUGGUUCCGGGUUGCCCUUGUUGGAAAAAGUGAUAGGGAUGGUAGCAAUGUGGAAAACAUCCUCAAGGAUGGUGAUCAGAGCGAGAAAAAGAAAAUACAACUCCUCGUUCGCCCGUUGCAGCAAUCAGAUCUUAAGAAAAUAUACAAGACUCUCGACGAAUUACCUGCUAAGAAGGAAGACAAACAUGGCGGCGAACACCAAAGCAAACACAAACACAAACUACAGCAUCAAGGCAUCUUAUCGACCCAAUUGAAAGCGAAACUCUCCCGGGAAGCACCCGGUCAUGUCAGGUUUACCAUUCCUAUAAUUGCGAUGGUGGCGGCUGAUUCUUCAAUUGGAGGUGAAAUAAAUGAGAUACCACUGGCUUUGCCCACUAUGGGGCUUCGAUUACCUCUCCCACAAUCACUGCCAUAUGCUAGGAUAUACAGCAUAGAAUGGGAAUGGAUGUACAAAAUGGUAGACAGCGAGGUGUUGGAGUUGCUGGAACGGUCCAGUGAAGAAUGA